CGCAUGUGCGCCAUGGAGAAGCCGGUGAGCCUCUGGCCGCUCUUGGAACUAGACACGAACCUGUUGGAGGACGCCGCCUGUUGCGUCUCUACGUGCACGUUGCCACCCGUUGUUCAUCUCCCACCAGACGAGAAAAGUGCGCCAGUCGCUCCGGGCGGUGCUGUAGUGUCCUCCACCGCCUCGUCCGGAGGUCUUCCUACGACCACGUUCGGGAGCUGCACGGAAGGUGCGACCUUGCAUCCUGCUAGUCGUGAUGUGCUGCAAACGAAAAGAACAAGUGUCGUGGCUUGUGAGAAGAAUUUUGCGCCGGCGUGCCUCUCUCUGCUGCCGACACCGGUGAGGACGACACCGCCUCCGAAUACUACUAGCGCGAGUUGUAAUGCAUUGUUGAAG